CCGGAACGCGGCAGGAGCCCCGGCGAGGCGGAGCGCGGGCGACAGCAAGCGGGGCGCCGAGCCAGCCGGGGACUCGGCAUGCAAGCGGCGUUCCCAGGUCGCUUUUCCGCUUUGCUCCCAUCCUGCCGUCGGAUUUGAGAACAUGUUGCUUAAUAUUGUAGCCUUUGGGAAUGAGAGAGAUGGGUUUUCUGAAGACAAUCAGCAGUUGAGCCUGAUCCGGAGCUACCUCGGGAGAAGUGCUCUCGUUUCCCAGAUCGACAGCAGCUUGUCUGCCAGUCACGUUGGAAUCCCAGUUUUCACAGAGUAUCAAGCCUGCGUGUUUGGAAAUGUCAGACUGGUGGUGCGCGACUGUCCUGGCUGGGAUAUAUUUGACAGCGACUGGUACACCUCUCGCAAUCUCAUUGGAGGAGCUGAUAUCAUCGUGAUUAAAUACUCUGUCAAUGACAAGACUUCAUUUCAAGAACUAAAGGACAGUUACAUCCCAAUGAUAAAAAAAGCACUAAACCAUUGUUCAGUUCCAGUAAUAAUUUCUGCUAUUGGUGCAAGAAAAAAUGGAGUGCCUUGCACCUGCCCCUUGUGCGCUUCAGACAGGAGGAGCUGCGUCACCACCUCCGAGGGAGUUCAGCUUGCCAAGGAACUCGAGGCCACUUACCUCGAACUGCACGCUCUGAAUGACUUCUACAUACAGAAGUACUUCGGCGGAGUGCUGGAAUAUUUUAUGAUCCAAAGUUUGAAUCAGAAGUCAUCUGAAAAAAUGAAGAAGAGGAAAAAGACGCAGAAGUGCCAUCGAGUUCAACCGCCUCAGCUUGAACAGCCAGAGAAGAUGCCGAUCCUGAAGGGCGAAGCCUCGCACUACGAGGCCGACCUGCACAACCUGCUCUGCUGCUGCCAGUGCGCCGACGUGGCGUUUUGCCCCGAGGACCCCAGCACGGCGGCGGUGGAGGCCCACAAGGUCAUCCUCUGCUCGGCCAGCCACCUCUUCAUGCUGCUUUUCGGGGUGAAGAGCCCCGCCGACAUCCGCGACGCCUCCAUCGUGCGGACGGCGCGGAGCCUUUUCGCGGUGGAGGAGGGGGAGGCCCUGCCCACCCACCCCCACGGCCGCCCGCCCCGCGCCCCGCCGGUCAGGGUGGUGGUGAAGGACCCCGUCUUCUGCUCUUGCCUCCCGGACAUCCUCCACUUCAUUUAUUCAGGUGCUUUCCAGUGGGAACAAUUGGAAGAGGAUAUCAAAAAGAAGCUGAAGGAUCCAGAAAAAACUGAACACGUGCUUGAGAAAGUUAAAUGCAUUCUGAAAACUCCAGGAAAGCUAAACACUGUAAAGGACUGCACAUCUCACCCGAUAAAGCGGCUGUGUAAUAAUUCCCUCAGGCUGUUCUUUAAUACGCCUGUCCUAGCUGAUGUCAUCUUCAAAAUACAAGAUGCAACUGUACCAGCCCACAGAGCGGUUCUGGUAGCUCGCUGUGAGGUGAUGGCAGCUAUGUUUAAUGGCAAGUAUCUAGAAGCAAACAGUAUUCUGGUUCCAGUACACGGAGUUUCGAAAGACACUUUCCUCUCCUUUCUAGAGUAUCUUUAUACCGACUCCUGCUGUCCAGCCAGCAUUCUCCAGGCUAUGUCUCUCUUGAUCUGUGCGGAAAUGUACCAAGUAAUGAGACUCCAGCACAUUUGUGAGCUUUACAUUAUCACGCAGCUUCAGAGCAUGCCUAGCAGGGAACUGGCAUCCACAAGUCUCAGUAUUGUUAGCUUGCUCAAAAAAGCCAAGUUCCAUAACUCUGAUUGCCUUUCAACUUGGCUUCUUCAUUUUAUUGCCACUAACUACCUCAUCUUCAGUCAAAAGCCUGAAUUUCAAGACCUUUCAGUGGAGGAGCGCAGCUUCGUGGAGACGCACCGAUGGCCUUCCCACGUGUACCUGAAGCAGCUCGCCGAGUACCGCAGCUACGUCCACUCCCACCAGUGCCCCUGCACGGUCAUGUAAGGAGAGCGAGCGAAGGCGGGCGCACCUCGGCCGGGAGGCCUCAGCCGGGAGCGGCACGGCGUGCCGAAGCGAUGCCGGGAGCAGAGCCGGGUGCUGCUCUCCCCGGCAGCACCCUGGGCCUGCCGGGGGGCACCCGCGACCGCUCCCGGCUUCGGCGACAAACCCCGCUCCUUUGCUGCCGAAACGCUCGGAAACGGCUCCGGAAGACGCCUGGCAAGCCCGAGGGUCUCGCGCCUGGGGGUUAAGCGCAGCAGGGGACAGGGCCACGGGUGCCACCCGCCCGCCCCUCCGAUUUCCUUACGGGCCAGGCUGCCGCUUCGCCCGCUUGGCUUCGGCUGCUGAACCGGCUCCGGCGGAAAGCGGAUUCCCUGGGGAGCCGCGCGGCAGCAGGAGCACGGGCGCGGCGCCGGGGAGCUGAGCAGCCAACUCGCGAGUUCCCUCAGUGUUUCAGAAGGCAGGCUUUUACUGCGGUGUCUGCUGCUUUGAGAAAUAAAGGUUAGGCUUGACAAGCA